CUAAGAAAGUAAAAAACUAGUUUGUAGUUUUUUAUUUCAGAUAUUAUACAUUUUGCAUAUGGAAGGAAUCUAAAUUGAAGUUCAAACUGCACUUUUCCCCAAAGGAAGCCCAGUGAGAGAGUGCCAAAGAGAGCACAUUGCCCGAAGAGCGCGGGAGCGCCCCCCAUCACACACCCUAUUCACACUGCACUUUUGCAAGUGCGAGAGCUGGAGAGCGAUAUAGAGAGAGGGCUAACAACCGGCUGUUAGUUGGGGCAUCGCGAGCGCUAAAAGGAGAGGGAGAGUGUCGGAAGCCUGGAAGCUAAACAACAAGAGCCAGGCCAAACACUCACGAAAGAUAACGACUGGCUUCAUUUGAUAUUCGCCAGCCGGCAGCAGCGGAACAAGAAAAACAACACAGAACACACAAGGCGGACGCCGCAGCUGCGGACACCAAAUUAGAAUACUAUAACGGCGACAAGUUAUCGCACAAUUAGUACGCGGGCGAGAAUUGCUACCGAGAUACGUGGUCGGCGCACAACCGAAAUUUUCCCCAAAAACCCAAGUGCCGUGUGAGUGCAGAAGAAGCUCAAAAGCAGAGGUAGACAGAAGUAGAGCUUAGACAUGUACACGAAAAUCUUUCGCGCUGUGAUAAUCGGAGCCCCCGGCUCGGGCAAGGGAACUAUUUCCGAGCUGAUCUGCAAGAACCACGGAUGCGUCCACAUCUCCACGGGUGACAUUCUGCGCCAGAACAUCGUGAAGAACACGGAGCUGGGCAAGAAGGCCAAGCAGUUCAUCGCCGACGGCAAACUGGUGCCGGACUCGAUCGUGACCAAGACUAUGCUGGCCCGCAUCACCGAGGUGGGCAACAGGUCGUACAUCCUGGACGGAUUCCCGCGCAACAUCGCCCAGGCCCAGGCCCUGGAGGCUCGGGAGCAGAUCGAUGCAGUCAUCACGCUGGACAUUCCACACGAUGUGAUCAUCGAUCGGGUCAAGAACCGCUGGAUUCACGCGCCCUCCGGCAGGGUGUACAACAUAGGCUUCCAGGAUCCCAAGGUGCCGGGCAAAGACGAUGUCACGGGAGAACCGCUGACUCAGCGUGAGGACGACAAGCCACAUGUGGUGGCCAGGCGGCUGGAGCUGUACGACGAACUGAUGAGUCCAGUGAUAGCCUGGUACAAGGAGAAGGGCCUGGUGGCCACCUUCAAGGGCAGGCAGACCAAGGAGAUCUGGCCGCGGAUGGAGCUCUUCCUCAGGGACCGCAUGAAUGCGUAAUGGGACCACCCGGAAUUUCAUCCAUUGUGCACAAACUAACGAUAAACUGCUGUGUUCAAUUAAGUGCAUAAACACAUUUAGAUAUAUAUAUAUGUAGAAGCGAGUACGUAUGUAAUAUGUAUGGGCCGGGUUUGGAGAAACAGGCGUAUAAUUAAUGUAAUUGCGAAGCCUUACAAUGUGGCAGCUGUCAUCGUGUAGUCCUUGUUUUCCACACCAAGCAUUCCCCCUCAUGAAAAUGUCUUGCAGCUCCCCCUUUUUUAUAAGCAUAUUUUUGUACUUGUAGUCUGUGCUCUGAUAAUAAAUCGCGUUUGUUAUAUUGCGCUGAUAACGUAA